AUGGCGCUGACACUGUGGCCCUCGUGGCUGUCUGUCAUUCUCAUUUUCCUUCUGGUGGGUCUGCAAGGAGAGCCAGGGGACACAGCACAAGGACGAAACAAGAGGACCGCUGACGAUGACCAGCCUCGUAUGCUGUCAGAGAAUGGUCACCUUGUCUUCACAUCUGGUUCAAAUAAAGAGAUCCGCUUCCAGACAUCACCAUCAGGACGGGUAAAAGUGAAUGAUGAAGACCUCACACUACUUUUAAAUCAGAUCAAAUCCAACAAAGAAGACAUUGAUGACAUUAAGGCCAAUGGAGGUGGAGUUCCUCCUGAUGUCACAAACAAACUGAACCUGCUCGAUACCAGGGUGUCAACACUUGAGAGUAAAGUGACUGCACUUGAAUCGACAGUUCAGAAGGUGUCUUGCAGCAGUAAUCCCUGUCAGAAUGGAGCAACAUGUCUGAAUACACUCAACUCAUACUACUGUUUGUGUCCCGCCAACUGGGAUGGUCCUAACUGUGCAACAGAUGUAAAUGAAUGUCAGGUGUAUUCUGGAACUGUUCAGGGUUGUCAGAAUGGAGCAACAUGUGUCAACACCCCUGGAUCAUUCACCUGUAACUGUUCUCCAGAAUGGUCUGGGACUCUCUGUUCUGUGCGUUAUGAUGACUGCAGAAAUGCAGGGCAGGACCUGUGUGUACAUGGCACAUGUAUUGACGCAGACCGUGUUGUAGCUGGACAGCCUAAAUACCAGUGCAUUUGUCAGAAUGGCUGGGAGGCUCCAGCCGGGAACCCUUCCUGUGUGGCUGACGUGAAUGAGUGUAACCUACAAAACAAACCUUGUUCCACCAACCCCCCUGUUCCCUGCUACAACACUCAGGGUUCCUUCUACUGUGGAGCCUGUCCUGCUGGUUGGCAAGGCAAUGGGUACAGCUGUCAGGAUGUGGAUGAAUGUUUGACCAAUAAUGCUGGCUGCUCCACCACUCCCAUGGUGCAAUGCUUGAACACCAUGGGCUCCUUCCACUGUGGUCCAUGCCCUCCAGGCUAUGAGGGCGAUGGGAAAACAUGCACCCAGACCAAUAUCUGCGAUACCAACAAUGGAGGCUGUCACCCAUUAGCUACCUGCUCCUCCAGCCCAGGCACAACUCUCCCUGUAUGUACAUGCCCUCCAGGCUACAUAGGUAAUGGUUAUGGACCGAAUGGUUGCACUCAGACCAGCAACAUCUGUGAGACCGACAACCCAUGUGUCAAUGGACAGUGUACGGCCACCACCUCAGCUCCUGGCUACAUCUGCAAUUGCAACUCUGGCUGGGAAGGAGCAAACUGUGACCAGAAUAUCAAUGAAUGCUCCAGCAAUCCCUGUCAGAAUGGAGGAACCUGUACCGAUGGCAUUAAUGGAUUCACAUGUGUAUGCACUGCACAGUGGACUGGCCCAUUCUGCCAGACCCCACAGCAAGUGUGUGGAGGUUACCUGACUGGUCCUGCUGGUUCCUUCAGUUAUCCCAACACCCCAGGUCAUGAUGAAUAUGAUCACCAGGUCAGCUGUGCCUGGGUUAUCCGUGUUGAGGCAAACAAGAUUCUUCGUAUUACCUUUCCUUUCUUUGAUCUGGAGAGCAGCACCAACUGCAACUUUGACUUCCUUCAGAUUCAUGAUGGGGACACUGCCAGCGCCUUCAUAAUUGGAACAUACUGUGGCCAAAAUAACCCCCAAGAGCUUUACAGCUCCCAUAAUUCACUGUAUUUCUGGUUUCGCUCUGACCACACUCUCAAUGCAGGUGGCUUCACUGUUGCUUGGCAGUCUCAGGACCCAGUGUGUGGAGGCGAACUAACUGCCCCCUAUGGCAAUUUUAACUCACCUGGUUACCCUGGGAACUACCCACCUAGCCGGGACUGCUACUGGGAGGUUACAGUGGAGCCUGGCUUGCUUAUCACCUUUGUGUUUGGGACUCUCAGUCUGGAGCAUCAUCCUGACUGCAACUUUGACUUCCUAGAGAUCCGGGAUGGUCUUCUACCAGAAGAUCCUGUCCUUGGAAAGUACUGUAGUACUGAAACGCCCGCUCCCCUGCAGACCACCGGUCCAGCAGCGUGGGUUCAUUUUCACUCUGACUUCACUGUCUCUGACCGAGGCUUCCACAUUACAUACACAACAUCACCAAGUGACCCUGGCUGUGGUGGUACCUUCUUAGACAGCGAGGGCAUCCUGAUCUCCCCCAACUGGCCCAACAACUAUGCCAACAACCGCCAAUGUGUCUAUUUGGUCAGGUUACCUGCGGGUGAGAGAGUGGCCCUAAACUUCACUCACAUGAAUCUGGAGACUCACAGCAACUGCUCUUUCGACUAUGUGGAGGUGCGUGAUGGCAGGGUGGAGACUGAUCCUCUGAUAGGGAGGUACUGUGGGAGCUCCCUGCCAGCUCCCAUCCUCUCGUCCUCCAACUUCUUGUGGAUUCGCUUCAGGUCUGACAGUUCAGUCAGCAAGGCUGGUUUCAGGGCUGUCUACGAAGUUGCUUGCGGAGGCACUUUGUCUGGGACUGGGCAGCUACGCUCUCCCUACCAUCCCAAUGCCUAUCCACACAACAAGGACUGCGAGUGGGUCAUUAACCAGUCAGAGGGCUAUGUUGUCACCCUCAACUUCCUGUCAUUUGAUGUUGAAGGAGGCUCCUGCCGUUAUGACUUUGUUGAGGUAAGGGAUGGCUCCACAUCUAGCUCUCCUCUGCUGGGGACAUUUUGUGGUGCUUCAAUUCCCCCCAGGGUUCAGUCCACUCAGAGAUCUAUGUACGUCCACUUCAAGACCGACUCCUCUGUCAGCAAUCAUGGCUUUGAAGCGGCCUAUGGCUCUGCCUUAGAGGGCUGUGGUGACACUCUGACCAGUCCAUCAGGCACCAUCACAAGCCCCGGCCACCCCAGCAGCUACCCCCAUGGUGCCAACUGUACGUGGUAUAUCAACGUUCCCCCAGGAAACCUAGUUCGGCUGUCGUUCGAUUCCUUCAACCUGGAGUACCAUUCCAACUGCAAUUAUGAUUACGUUGAAGUGUAUGACAAUGGCACUGUGCAAACUGGAACCAAGAUUGGCAGGUUCUGUGGGCGUUCAGUGCCUCCAUCCAUCACCAGUACAGACAACAUACUGACUCUGCUGUUUGUGUCCGACGCAAGUGUGGUCACUGAGGGAUUCUCUGCCAGCUAUGUGUCUCUCAAUGCAACCACAGACUGUGGUGAGACCUUCACCUCUGCCACAGGCUCCUUCAGUUCACCAAACUACCCAGACUACUAUCCCAACAACAGAGACUGUGUCUUCAAGAUCACUGUACAGGUCAACAUGCAGAUUAUGCUGAACUUCACCAGCUUUGAGUUGGAGGGCGCCUCUCCUUCUUGCAACUUGGAUUUUGUGGAGAUCAGGGAUGGUGGCUAUGAGACAUCCCCCUUGAUUGGUAAGUUCUGUGCCAGUCAGAGGCCUCCAGUCUUGGUAUCCCAUAGCAACCGUCUUUGGGUGCGAUUCCGCUCUGAUGCCAGUGUCACACGACGUGGAUUCUCUGCCCAUUGGGAUGGCACACAGUCUGGUUGUGGAGGGACGUUGACUACUGCAUCUGGGUCAUUUUCCUCUCCUAACUACCCUCUACCCUACCACCCUAAUGCUGAGUGCUACUGGACCAUCAGAACCAGCCAGGGCAGCCAGCUCCUCCUCUCUUUCUCUGAUUUUCAUCUGGAGUCCAGCACUGCCUGCCAUUACGAUUACCUGGCCGUGUAUGAUGGUAACAGCAGCAGUACUCCUGAGAUUGCCAAGUUAUGCGGCACUGGGCUGCCCAGCACCAUCAGCUCUUCCAGCAAUCAGCUUUACGUCAAACUCCGCACUGACAGCGUCGUCAACACUGGAGGCUUCUUUGCAUCAUACACCUCCAAAUGCCAAGGUAUGCUCAUCUCAGGCCGGCACAAAGGAGUAGUGGAGUCACUGAACUUCCCCAACAACUACCCAGACAACUCUCAGUGUAGCUGGACCAUCCAAGCCACCAGUGGAAACACUGUCAACUACACCUUCACUGCCUUCCAGCUGGAGGCCACUUCCAGCAGUUGUUCCUAUGACUACAUCAAGCUUUAUAAUGGUCCUAAUGAGCAAGCUCCUCUGAUUGGUACAUUCUGUGGAUCCACACCCCCACCAGCCAGCACCACCACAAGCUCAGCCCUCACACUGGUGUUCAGAACAGACACCACUGUGUCCAUGCCUGGCUUCCAGAUGAUGUGGUACCAGAAUGGUUGUGGUGGGGAGUUGUCUGCUCCAAGUGGCUCCUUCACCAGCCCAGACUAUCCAAACAGAUACCCAGAAAACAGGGAGUGUAUCUGGUAUAUCACCACAUCAGCUGGCAGCAGCAUCACACUUACUAUCCAUGAAUUUGACGUGGAGUUCCACCAAGACUGCAACUAUGAUGUUUUGGAGGUUUAUGGAGGCCCAGAUCUUUCAGCCCCUGUGCUGGCAAAGCUCUGCAGCACCACAUCCAGCCCAAUGCUCGUCUCCAGCACUGGCAACCUGGUCACAGUGCGCUUCAAAUCUGAUGCUUAUGUCAGUGGUCGAGGUUUCAAUGCAAGCUGGGCGGAAGUCCAGGGAGGCUGCGGAGGCCCAGUCACAGCUCCAUCAGGGGAGAUCCAUUCUCCUUUGUAUCCCAACAGCUAUCCCAACAAUGUGGACUGUUCCUGGGUUGUCAGUGUGGAUCCCAACCACAGAGUUUUACUCAACUUCUCUGACCUGGACAUUGAAUUCCAUAGCAACUGCUCCUGGGACUAUGUGGCUAUCCAUGAUGGGCCAACCCAAUCAUCUCCUCUGCUAGCCCAUUUGUGUGGCACCAGUCCUCCUUCCCCCAUCAUCUCCACCCAGAACACCAUCUAUGUUCGCUUUAGGUCCGAUUCCAGUCGCAGCCACCGUGGCUUCAGUGCUCGCUUCUCUACAGCUUGUGGUGCAACCAUCACAACAGAUGAUGUUGGUGGGGCCAUUGUAUCGCCACGGUAUCCAUUACCAUACCCGCCCAAUCAGAACUGUAGUUGGAUCAUCAGAGCACAGGAACCAUUCAACCAUGUGACCCUGUCAUUCACUGACUUUGAGUUAGAGAUGACCUCCAACUGCUCCCGUGAUGCUGUGGAGAUCCUAGAUGGUGAUAACUACCAGGCUCCUUUAAUUGGGCGCUACUGUGGCUCCCUCCCUCACCCUGUAACAUCCUUCAGUAACUCUUUGGUCGUCAACUUUAUCUCUGAUCAGUCGGUCUCCAGAAAAGGGUUCAGAGCCACCUACUCAGCAUCCACCUCAAGUUGUGGAGGAGAUCUGUUGAUGGAGAGUGGUGCAUUUAACAGUCCUAACUAUCCAGACGCUUAUCCACCUAAUUUGGAGUGUGUGUGGACCAUCAAGAGCUCACCAGGGAACCGCCUCCAGCUCUCAUUUAUUGUCUUUCAUCUACAGGGAGACUCUGGCUGUCAAAAUGACUACCUGGAAAUCAGAGAGGGCAACUCCACUGGGUCUCUGGUUGGUCGUUUCUGUGGAAAUUCGCUGCCUUCCAACUACACCUCUGUGAUUGGUCACAUCCUGUGGGUUAAGUUUGUUUCAGAUGCAUCAGUCAGCGGAGCAGGAUUCAGGGCCACCUUCUCACACUUGUAUGGUAAUGAUCUGACAGGGGACUCUGGACAGAUAGCAUCCCCGCUUUAUCCAAGAACGUAUCCUAAUAAUGCCAACUACCGCUGGACCAUAUCUGUGGAAGGAGACAGCUUUAUCCAGAUCCAAUUCUUGGAUAUGGACAUAGAAGACCUAUAUGACUGUUACUACGACCAGCUCAAAAUAUUUGAUGGCCCCAGUGUUCAUUACUACCCCAUUGGGACAUUUUGUGGUCUUGCCCUGCCUCCUCCACUAAGAAGUACUGCAAGCACCAUCACCCUGGAGUUCCAGUCAGAUACAGUGGUUGGAGGACGAGGCUUCCUUGUGGAAUGGACCGCUGUGCAGGAGUCUGGACCACCACCAACGAUUACACCAGGUGCAUGUGGUGGACUACUAAUGACGGGGGAGAGUCCUGGCUUCCUUUUUUCUCCUGACUGGCCUGAAAAUUACCCAGCUAACCAGGAGUGUACCUGGUUGAUACGUUCUCCAGACUCAACUGUAGAGUUCAACCUUUUGUUUCUGGACAUGGAGGACUACCCUAUGUGUUACUUUGACAGCCUUGUUAUCAGAGAUGGUGCAACUAGUCUGUCCCCCAUUCUGGCUACUGUAUGUGGUCGGCAUCUUCCAGGCUCUUUCCACUCAACGGGAGACUCCAUGUUCAUUCACUUCUCCUCAGACAGCAGCAUCAGUGGCCGAGGCUUUAAUGCUUCCUACUCUAGAGGUUGCGGUGGCCUACUGCAUGUAGACAGGGGUGUGCUGAGUAGUCCCUUUUACCCCGACAACUACCUGCCUGGUCUGGAUUGUAGCUGGCAUGUAAUGGUGACGCCUGGCUUCAGGAUUUCUGUGACUUUCCAGAGCCCUUUCCAGAUUCAGGGCUAUGGAACUGGCUGCAGUUCAGGAGACUACCUGGAGCUCAGGAAUGGUCCGGAUGGUUCAUCUCCACUGCUGGGGGAACGUAUUUGUGGUUCAAGUCCGCCAUCCCUCCUCCAGACUACUGACAACCACCUCUUUGUUCACUUUGUGUCUGAUGCUACUAAUGAGGCCACCGGCUUUAAGCUGACCUUUGAAGCCCACAGUCAAGCAUGUGGAGGCUUCAUUGAGCUAAAUGAUAAUGAUCCUCCAGGGUAUAUCACUUCACCUAACUAUCCUCAGAAUUACCCCCACAACAUUGACUGUAUCUGGGUUAUUGUUGUGCCCAAUGGAGAAGCUGUCCAAAUUGAUUUUGAGGAUGAAUUCUACAUUGAGCCCUCUACCAGUUGUGUGCAUGACUACUUGGAGCUGCAUGAUGGCUCAGCUCUCAACGCUGAAUUAAUUUCCCGGCUCUGUGGCAACACCCGACCAUCUACCCAACAUUCAACAGCUUCCUCCAUGCUGCUAAGGUUUCGUACUGACACCAGCGUUGUACACAAAGGCUUCAAAGCAAAGUACUCCAUAGGAGUAUGUGGAGGUACCUAUAUAGGUCAGAGGGGUGCAAUCCAAAGCCCUGGCUUCCCAGGAUCCAACUACCCUGAUGGCUCUAGCUGUGAGUGGUACCUGGAGGGGCCCACAGGGCACUAUCUCACUCUCAGCUAUGGAAACCUAAGCCUGCAGACCACUCCAGGAUGUGUUGCUGACUAUGUGGAGAUCAGAGAGUACAAUGCCUCAGGACGCCUACUGGGCCGGCAUUGUGGGAAUGCACUUCCAGCUUCCAUGGACACGUCUGACAGUUUUGCCUAUGUCAAGUUUGUCAGUGACACCAGCGGAAAUGCAGCUGGCUUCAGUCUGUCAUUUGAAGCCAGUGUUGAAGUCUGUGGGGGAGAGUUGAAUGCUCCCUCAGGAACUAUCUCCUCUCCCAAUUACCCCAACUUGUACCCACACAACCGGGUGUGUCGCUGGGAGCUCAGGGUGUCACCAGGCCGCAAAGUAACACUCACCAUUAAUGACCUAAGACUGGAAGAGUCUGGUAAUUCGUGUGCAUUUGACUAUGUUGAGGUCCUGAAUGGCUUGGCAGUUGAUUCCCCUCGCCUCCAGCGAUUCUGUGGUACAGUGCCAGCAGGCACCCAGGUGCACUCCUCCAGCAACACCAUGACUGUUGUGUUUCACACUGAUGCUUCUGUGUCCAAUGGUGGCUUUAUGGCGACUUACACCUCUGAGGAGCCUGCAGAUUGUGGUGGAGUCUUGAACAACCUCGCUGGUGGGAACUUCACUUCCCCUGGGUACUUAGUGUCCAACUACAGUAGCAACCUCAACUGUGAGUGGCUGAUCCAGAACCCACAACACAUCAAUUCCUCUAUUGUGGUGCUGAUAGAAGACCUGCACCUUGAAAAUCACCAGACUUGUGAGAAGGACUACCUCCAGUUCCGCUUAGGUGACUCAGAUGGGGAGCUGUUGGCCAAAUUUUGUGGACAGACCAUCCCAAGAAUUCCCAUUGUAGUUUUUACCCCAGAUCUCUGGGUCCAUUUCCAGACUGACGCCUCCCAGGGAGACCUAGGCUUUAAGGCAAAGUACUUGUUCUCGGAGUGUGGAGGCUGGCAGACAGGUGAGGGCGGGGCGUUAUCCAGUCCGAACUACCCCAACAUCUACCCUGGCCCCAGUCGCUGUGCUUGGCUGCUAGAGGCUCCAGUGGGCCACACUAUUACGCUGACCUUCAGCUACUUCAACCUAGAACCCCACUCUAAAUGUCAGUGGGACUCUGUCACCAUCUUCAAUGGAGGUUCCCCUGGCUCCCCUAUCAUUGGCCAGUACUGUGGGACCACCUCCCCGGGAGUCAUUCAGUCAGGAUCCAACAAGCUUGCUGUAGUCUUCCUGGCUGACCACAGUGUGUCCAAAGGAGGCUUUUUGGCCUCGUGGUCUGCAGAUUCCUCAGGCUGCGGAGGGGUGAUCCAUGCUGAUACCGGAACAAUCAAAUCUCCGAACUAUCCCCAGAACUUUCCUGCAAAUGUUGAGUGUUCCUGGCAGAUCAUUGCCCAUGAGGGAAACCACCUGGAGAUGAGCUUUAACAGUGAUUUCCAGAUUCCAGACAGCACCGGGACCUGCCAAAGCAGUUACAUCAAGGUGUGGUCAGGUCAGACCCAAAAUACUGAGGAUCUGCUGUCAAUAGGCUGUGGUUCCGUGGCCCCAGACCCCAUCAUUGCACCACGUAACAUCAUCACAAGCCGAUUCCAGGCCACUGAAGCCACAGGAAGAGGAUUCUCAGCUUCCUUCAGCACCAGGUGUGGCGCAACCUUUACGGAUCCUGUUGGUCGUGUGGUAUCUCCAAAUUAUCCAGCCAACUACCCUGCCCGCUCCAACUGCAAUUACACAAUAGAAGCGGGAGAACAAACUCUGGUUGUCCUAACCUUUCAGGUCUUUCAAAUAGAAGCACACUCCACCUGUCAGUAUGAUGGGCUGAAGAUAUACAACCUGGCCACUAGUGGCCCUCCUGUUGCAACUGUGUGUGGUUCCAGCAUCCCAGGACCCUUCACCACGUUUGGCCCCAUGUUACUCCACUUCUACUCUGACAAUUCAAUGGCGGACAAUGGUUUCAUGGCAGAAUACAGCGUCUUUCCAUGUGGUGGUUUCUUCAACAGCUCUAUGGGUACAGUGAGCAGUCCUGCACACUCUGUAAUCAACUACCACCACAACAUCAACUGUACCUACCAUAUCAUGGUUCAAGCAGACAGAGUAGUGGAUCUCAAAUUUAACAGCUUCCACCUUGAAGCGUCUUCUUCCUGUCGCUAUGAUUAUGUGGCAGUGUACGAUGGACUGGACACCUUGGCGCCUUUGCUUGGGAAAUUCUGCGGUACAGUGCUUCCGCCCAAUCUCCGCUCCUCCAGCAACCAUCUGUUCAUCGUUUUCAAGACAGAUUCUUCAGUGAGUGGGAUUGGCUGGAGGGCAACUUACAGUGAGACACUCGGUCCAGCACAGGGAUGUGGUGGCUACCUGUCCAUGCCCAUGGGCAUGUUUGGUUCUCCAGAUCCAAACUUGGAUGAGAAGUAUGAGCCCCGGAUGGACUGCCUGUGGAUCAUUGAGAUGCCAGUCAACAAGGCUGUCAACCUGAGCUUCAAUUCCUUUGAGCUUGAAAGCUCUUCUACUUGCCGCUAUGACUAUGUCAAAGUGUUUGAUGGUGACAAUGCAAAUUUCCCUCUGGUUGGGACAUUUUGUGGAAACUCCAUCCCUUCAUAUUUUGUAUCAACUGGAAACUUACUGACUAUCCAGUUUAUCACUGAUAGCUCAGUUCAGAGACGAGGCUUCAAUGCUACAUACAGAGCUGUGCCAAUGGUUUGCGGUGGGAUUCUAAACACCACAACCACCAUUCAGACCCUGACCUCACCUUCAUUUCCCAAUGCCUACCCUCCUUACACCUCCUGUCGCUGGAUCCUGGAUGCUCUGCCACAGGAAACCAUCAAAGUUUCAGUCCAGAGCUUUGUCCUCCAGCCUAGUCAAAGCUGUGAUGCCAACUUCCUGGAAAUAAAGGAUUGGCCUGUGGGAGACUAUGGGCAGUCACAUAGGUUCUGUGCAUCAGAUGGACAUCCACCAGACUUUUAUAGCUACAGCAGAACCAUCCUCAUACAUUUCAAAUCUGAUUCCUUCAUGGCAGGAAAUGGCCUGAGCUUCACCCAUCAGAUCACCAGUUGUAGCAGAACCUACGAACAGGAAUAUGGCUAUCUGAAGAGUCCUGGCUGGCCUGACAUCUACCCCCACAACAUGGACUGCACCAUUAUCCUAAAAGCACCACAGAACAGCAUCAUCUCCUUCUUCUUCAACAGUUUUGAUGUGGAAAGCCACAGCGCCUGUCAAUUUGACUACCUGGAGAUCCGUAAUGGCAGUACAGCAGACUCCCCACUGAUUGGUAAGUUCUGUGGCAGCACCUUGCCCAGCCCUGUCUUCCCACAAUCCAAUCUGCUCUACCUACGCUUCAAGAGUGACUUCUCCCACGCCCGAGAUGGCUUUGAGGCCACAUGGACAUCAUCCACCCAAGGUUGUGGCGGCACUUUGUAUGGAGACCAUGGCUCAUUCUCAAGUCCCAACUACCCAGGAAGCUAUCCAAAUGGUACCCACUGUGAAUGGGACAUCAAGGCUCCCAGAGGUCGUGUGGUGACCAUCACAUUUGCCCAGAUCAGUAUUGAUGAUCCUGGAGAUUGCCAGAACAACUUCUUAAAGUUGUAUGAUGGCCCAGACGCCUCCUCACAGCCUGUUGGACCUUACUGCGGAGCGGAAACCAACAUUGCUCCAUUCACAGCCUCCUCCCAUCGAGUCUACAUUGUUUUCCAAGCACAGUACACCACUCUGCCUUCAGGGUUCAGACUCACCUGGAGCAGCUGAAAGAACGUCCACCACACUCAUGCACAGUUGCUGACUGAUGUCCUAAUUAAUGUUUUAAAGGUUAUUGCAUGCUGCGCAUUUAUUUUUUGAUCAAAUGUAAAUAGUAAAUACAUAUUGUCAUUUUCUGUCUUAAUAAACAUGAUUCAAGAAGAACUACAA